CCCCACCGAGGGGCCUCCGUCUGCGGAGAGCCCCACCAAGCUGGCUCCGUCUGGAGUGAUUACGGAGAGCCCCACCGAGGGGCCUCCGUCUGGAGUGAUCCAGGGAAGCGGCCAUGACACAGAGCCUGGUGGUUGCAGCAUCAGGAGGUGCAUUGCCACCCGGAGUUCUCUCAGCGCUAGGUGUUGCCAGCUGCAGAGGAAGGUGGCUGUGCUCUCAAGGAAAAGGAGGAACCUCUCCACGUCCCCGAUCCCUGUCCAACCAGGGAGAACGGAAGGUUUCGUCGGACAAAGUAGAUCAAAAUGUCCCCAGUUUCCAGAGUCUGUGGCAGCAGGGCUCCAAUCCCUCGGUAAAGCGGAAGGAAAACGCCACAUCCAAGGUGGGAAGAGUCCGAGACUUCUUAGCCUACAUGGGGGCUGGAAAGAAUAAGCUCCACCUGUGGAACUACCUAGACAACCCCGAGCGUAUAUUCAGUUACGCAGCAAGCCUCCAGCCCAGCAAGACCGUCACGACGGCUGCAAUUUAUCUAAAAAAUUCGUCCCAGUUCAUGAAGUAUUUUCAGCAAACGCCCCCGAAACAAUGCAGACUUUCCCGGGGCCAAAUAGUCGGUGUUAUACGGGCUCUGGAUGCCUCUAAAUCUAACAUCCAGACACCAGUAGUCCUCCACCAGCUAAAGGUGAAGUCGGAUAAACUGUCCCGGUUGGUUUCCCGUGAGACGCUGCGUAACUGUCAGAUGAGGGCGGAAGCUGCAAUCCCAAAGCUUCUGGACUGCAUGGAGCGUGGAAACAGCACCCGGGAACGGUACGCCUUUUUCGGUCACUUGUCCGCCCUCCUGGCAUCCCUCUAUGGACACCGGCCGGGCGUAUUCAGGAACAUGACAGUGACUGAGGUGCUCCAUGCUGCGGAGGAGGAAGAGUGCGAGGCGGACACCAUCACCGACCCUGGCUAUGUUAUUUCGGUGGCGGAGCAUAAGACUAACAGGGACUUUGGCGCAGCACAGAUCUACCUGCGCGCUGAAGAGUACUCCUGGUUUAAAAAGUGGCUGGCGGUGCGGGGAAAAUGCAACCCCACAACGGAUCACUUUAUGGUAGGCGAUGGAGGAGGGCCAGUCACCAACCUACUCCAAUGCAUGCAAGGUGCAUGGAUAGAAAUGGGGCUGCCUGGCCGGCCAAAUUUCAUGGACCUCCGCACCGCAGUCGCAGCACAUGCCAAAAACUUUCAUCCCGAGGAUGUCCGAAGGCGCAUAGCAACCUUUAUGUGCCACGACGUAUCAACUGCUGACCGCUUUUACACACUCGUCCUGAAUCCGAGGCAGGCCAAACAGCUACGUAUCCAGCUGGAAGAAGUUGUUGCCAACCCCGACCCCCCGUGUGCAUCGUCUGCAACUGAAAUAAUACCCGUUUGAAUAAAACA